AUGAGCAAGAGUGUGGAAUUACUUUCUGGUUCCGAGGACGGUGAACAAGGGCAAGAAGAAGACAGAUCUCAUUUAAAUUUAAACGGUAAUAGGCAGUUGUCACGAAGUGCCACAGAAUUACGAGUUAAUAAUGAAGAGUUGUCGACGGGCAGGGCGUCUUCGGCCCAACCCUCCCAGCACAGACACUCGCAUGUCCAGCAACACCAUCACCACCACCGGCACGUAGCAUCGGUCGCCCAGAGGACCCAGACCUUCUUCGCGACCCUAAAAAACCGGUGGGCAAGGGCUCGCAGCAAAGAGCGCAAAAAAGCUAAGGAUGCUCACGAUUCGACUCACAGUGUUGGUGUAGAGUCUGAUUAUGCUGCCGAUUAUUCUUCCGAGCACAGCAAAAGCUCUUCCACCACUCACAGUCCGGCUAAAAUUGCACUCAAUCAUCCAGAAUCUCCUCUGGCCCGUGGAAAAUCAUCCCUCGAAGACAGUCCGGGAAGAUGCAGCGACAACUCAUCGAAACUGUCAGCCCGAGCAUCCCGCGAGGCUCAAGACCCCCAAGACCCCAUGUCAGGAUCUUCAUCAGCAGUUCCUUCGACGUAUGAGAGUUCUCAGUCAAAUGAAUUAGCACGGCGACGCGAAUUGGCAUUGAGACAGCAUGCAUUUUUCCAGCUGCGUAUGCACAUUCGCCGAGGUGCCAAUCUCGUGGCUAUGGAUCGAUGCGGGGCAAGUGAUCCUUAUGUUAAGAUAAAAUGCUGCGGUAGAUUGUUACAUAAAUCUCGGACAGUAUUCGAUUACGAUUGGGGUCUACAAGAUGAUUUCAUGGGCGCGGCGCCGCUGGAUCUCACGCAAUUCGAUUUAGGACAACCUCAUGAUAUUACUUUGAAGCUGAAAGACCCAGCAAGACCGCAAGUUCAUCUUGGAGAGAUAUUCUUAACUGUCACUCUGUGGCCGAGAAACCAGCAAGAAAAAGAGCAGAACCAACUGGGAAAUAAUAAUGACAAAAAAGAGUGUGAUGACAAAGUUAGUCAUGAACAUUUCUUCACGAGUGACGCAAUGAGCGACGACAUAGAAAGAGAUGAAAAAAAAGAAGAAGUUAGUUUGAGAAAUAUUGACGACAAAAGUAAACUUGAAGAAGAAGAAGAAGAAGAAGAAGAAGAAGAAAAAAAUGGAAACGAGGAAGAAGACAAAAAAUUGACGAGAAGAAAAAAUGUCGGGAAGAGAAGAUACGGACUGAACAUGGACGAGGUACAAAGACAUAAAAAGUCGGUCCAGGCUUUCAAACAGUCGCUGGAAAAAAGGGUGGAAAGUAUUAUGGAGAAAAUAAUAGAGGAUAGGGUCGAGAGGAUUCUAGAGGAGAAGGCAGAUAAACAUCCCUGGUUGCAGCCGAUUGAGACCUGGAUUGUGGAUAAAUGCAAGAAGGAUGUAAAGAAGGACAGGUUGCCCUUGAUUUCUAAGGAGUCCGAGGGCAAGGAGGAUUCCAAGGGCAAAAAGGGAGAACUUGAUGUGGAGUUUAAAAAUAGUGGCGAGCAUGAGGAGUUCAUUAAAAUAAUAUCCACGCCGGUUCCUGUUAUUGAGAUUCAUGAUAAACAUAGUGGAGAAAAUAAACACACGCCUGAUUUUAUUGAUAGACUCAAGGAAGGAUGGAAAGAGAAAGUUGAGGAUGUUACGAGGCCAAAAGUUUAUUACCUAUGGACAUCGACGGCCUUUCGGAUCCUUACAUUGGGAACUGAAAAAUACAAAUCAAAGGUCGUGAACAAGACGGUAAACCCCGUGUGGCUUGAGCAGUUCGACCUCCAUCUGUACGAGGACCCUUAUCUGGGUCAGGAACUGGAGGUUACGGUAUGGGACCGAGACAAGGGUCACCAAGACGACUUGAUGGGCAGAACGACCAUUGACUUAGCGGGAUUGGAGCGCGAAACGACCCAUAGGAUUUGGAAAGAACUGGAAGAUGGGGCUGGAAGUAUUUUUUUAUUACUCACUAUCAGCGGUACGACUGCCAGCGAAACUAUUAGUGAUCUUGCUGCCCAUGAAGAAACUCCUCAGGAACGCGGUCGGGUCGAAGAUAGAUAUUCCCUCUGGAAUUCGUUGCAAAGACCCCGAGAUGUUGGGCAUCUUACUGUUAAAGUCUACAGAGCACAAGGGCUUGCUGCCGCUGACUUAGGAGGAAAAAGUGAUCCUUUUUGUGUCCUGGAAUUAGUCAAUUCACGGUUACAAACUCAGACUGAGUACAAAACUCUGGCACCCAAUUGGCAGAAAAUUUUUACUUUCAACGUCAAAGACAUAAAUUCGGUAUUAGAGGUGACAGUGUACGACGAGGACCGUGAUCAUAAAGUUGAAUUUUUGGGCAAAAUAGCAAUUCCAUUACUGAAAAUCCGGAACGGUGAAAAGAGAUGGAGCUGCUGGGAAUGGGAGAGUAAAAUGCGGAGUAUUGUUGCACUUGUACUGUUUGUCCUCGGGUGCUAUUACUUUGAGCCUUAUAUGAUUCCUGUCGCAGCACUGCUGAUUAUGCUUAAAUAUUGCUGCGAAGAGAAGAAAAGUCUAAAAGAGCGAUUGCAAGCAAUUCAAGAAGUGACUCAGACAGUUCAAAACUCAAUUGGUUAUAUCGCGAGUCUCUGUGAGCGAGUUAAAAAUCUCUUCAACUUCACCGUACCUUACCUGAGUUACCUGGCGAUGAUCCUAACUGUUCUUGGUAGCAUUGUGUUGUAUUUGGUGCCCAUACGUUACUUAAUUUUGGCCUGGGGAGUCAAUAAGUUCUUCAGGAAACUUCUGAGGCCCCACUCGAUUCCAAACAAUGAGAUCCUGGAUCUUAUUUCUAGAUUGCCUGAUGAUGAAGAUCUCCUUAAUUACAGAGAGUUAAAACCAAUGCCAACAGCAGAUUGUGAAAAAGCGUCAACAUCAAGUCCCAGCAGUAAUGCAACGUCAAGAAGAGAACAAAGAAAAAGACAUAACAAAGCUGCGUAA